AUGCACUGUCUGGCACAUCCGGACGGCGAGCUGGCCACUUCACGAGCCGCGGCCAAGACGAACAUUCCAAUGGGCCUCUCGACCUACGCGACCACGUCUUUGGAAGAUGUGAGGCGAGAAGGAGGCGACAAUCCCUACGCUUUCCAGCUGAGUAUUGUCAAAGAUCGAAAUGUGAGCUUGAAUUGGAUCAAGAGGGCUGAAGCUGCCGGCUUCCAGGCCCUCUUCAUCACAGUAGAUGCGCCAGUACUGGCAAGACGCGCGAACGAGAGAUCAGGCAAGAAAUUCGAACUGCCCCAGCACCUGUCCCUUCCCAACCUCUCCCCUCCAUCAGACGGCAAGACACCCUCUGCUCCGGUCCGGUCGUACAACUACUCAGGUCGAGACGCAAGCAACUCGUGGGCAUCGGUGAUUCCAUGGGUCAAAGCCAACACCAAGCUGGAGAUCUGGCUCAAAGGAAUCUAUUGCGCCGAGGACGUACAGCUAGCCAUUCAUCACCGACUUGACGGCGUGAUCGUGUCGAACCACGGAGGUCGGCAGCUGGACGGGGUUCCAGCCACGAUUGAAGCUCUACCAGAGUGUGCGGCGGCGGCGAAAGGACGGAUCAAGAUCGCCAUCGACGGCGGCAUUCGACGUGGCACCGACAUCUUCAAAGCGCUGGCCCUGGGUGCCGAUUGCUGUUUCAUGGGCCGGGUGCCGCUAUGGGGACUUGCUUACAACGGACAAGAAGGUGUCGAAUGGGCGGUCAAGACGCUGGAGGACGAGCUCCGGUUAGCCAUGGCUCUAGCUGGGUAA